AUGGCGGAAGGCACAAACUUCGCAAAGCUGGACGCCAGCCGGCUUACAAGAACAUUGAACGACGAUCCGCGGUCUUUACCCUCGCCGGACGACCUCGCGGUACGCCUGCUGGAAUAUCAUACUGAUCAUAUCAUCAUCGCGUCCUGGAAUGUGAGCAAUGGCUGGUCGUCUCCAAUCCUCCAACCAUAUGGGCCGAUCCCCAUCCCGCCAGCCGCCUCAGGAUUGCACUACGCCACACAAUCUUUCGAAGGGCUCAAACUGAUUCGUGGCGCGGACGGGCGUCUACGACUCUUCCGUCCGAUUGAGAACUGCGAGCGCAUGCGACGCUCAGCUGCUCAAGUGGCUUUGCCAGAUUUUGACGCUCUUCAGCUGGAGAAAUUGAUCGUGGCGCUCUGUGCACAUGAAGCACCUAAAUGGCUACCAAAAGACCAAGGAGAGGGAUCGCUGUACAUCCGACCAACUUUGAUCGGAACUGACACAGCGCUUGCCACACUCCGUCCCCGUUCAGCAUUGCUUUACAUUUUUCUCACAGUCUUUCCCAAGCUGACGAGCUCCAUCACGGGUCAUGAAGCAUCCCCCCAGAAGGUGGCUGCGCCGCCAAAACGUUGUAUGAGAUUGCUCGCAUCCGAUCAAAACCAGAAUCGUUCAUGGCCUGGCGGGUACGGCAAUAGCAAAGUUGGGGCGAACUAUGGGCCAACGCUGGCUUUGCAAGGCGAAGCUAAGUCUCGAGGCUACGAUCAGAUCCUGUGGCUAUUUGGACCUGAAAGACAUAUUACAGAAGCUGGGGCGAGUAACUUCUUCGUGGUGUUGCGAGUCAAUGAUACAACCUGGCAGUUGGUCACACCUCCGCUGGACAGGGGGCUGAUAUUGCCUGGCAUCACGCGAGCGAGUGUCUUGCAGCUGGCCCGGGACUUGUUACCACGAGCUGUGGGUGGUGUGCUUCGAGUCGACGUGGUGGAAAGGGAAAUUACCAUGAGAGAGAUAGCCAAAGACCACGCAGACGGGAGCAUUAUCGAAGCAUUCGUUUCCGGUACCGCACUCUUUAUCACGUCUGUGGGAGUCAUCUGCUGGGACGGAAGGGUUUUCGAGAUCAAUAGUGAGCCAGUGAAUGGGGUCUCGUGCUCUCAGAUCAUCAAAGAUAUCCUACUCGACAUCAUGAAGGGAAAGGUAGAGCACGAGUGGGCAUUGUUGGUUGAUGAAGAUUGA